GUAUUGAGCAAGAUAUAUGUAUCUCAUCGAACAGGCAGGUUUAUUGCCGUCUCAGCAAAAUUUAAUACAGAAAAUAUGUUGUUCUCCAUUUGGCAUUCCAUAAUUGGUAUAAUGAAAAAUUUUCAGAAAGAUAGGUGGUCCGAUUUGUGUACCGUGGCAUUUAUUUUCAGAAACGGGACAUCAUUGUGAGAAUUUUGAAUCCUAAGUUGCUUCAUUUUCAUCAGGAAUUUGAUCAAAAUGGACGUUCCACCAGGGUUAAGGCAUCCUCAACAAAGGCAAGGGCACCAGAGGAAACCUCGAGCCAAGCAGCAGCAGGGUAGACAACCCCAACUGUUUGAUGAUACUAGCACCGGUAUGCCCCCACCCCAGGGGGUAGGGGCACAACCACCCCCACCAGGAGGAAUGCAAGAGAAUCCAUACGGAGGUCCACCAGGUCCUAUGCAAUACCCUGGACAGAACCUGAUGAACGAUCCCAUGGCCAAUAUGGCCAUGCAGUAUGGGGCAUCGUUGGCUGACCAAGGGAAGGAUGUAGUUGAAAAACAGAUUGACAGAUUUAUGUCUGUCAGCAAACUCAAGUACUAUUUUGCAGUAGAUACCACCUAUGUCGCAAAGAAGCUCCUUAUUUUACUCUUUCCAUUUUCACAUACGGAUUGGACAAUUCGUUAUAAUCAAGAGGAGCCGGUAGCCCCACGCUAUGAAGUCAAUGCUCCUGAUCUUUAUAUCCCUGCUAUGGCAUUUGUCACAUAUCUUCUGCUUGCUGGGGUAGCACUCGGACAACAACAAAGAUUCAGUCCUGAAAUGCUUGGAAGACAAGGUAGCUCUGCUCUUGUUUGGUUCAUCAUUGAGGUAGUAGCUGUUAUCAUCACCAUGUACAUCACUAACAUUCUUACUGCACUCAGAAAACUGGAUCUGGUGGCAUUUUGUGGAUAUAAAUAUGUUAGCAUGAUUGUAUGUCUCCUUGCCAGUGUCACGUUUGGUUCAUUCUUCUAUUACAUUGCAUUCUUCUACACAAGUGUCUCAAUAGUCUUCUUUUUGGUUAGGAACUUAAAGCUAAUCAUCUUACCCGAAUCCCAUGAAGACGGUAUGGGCCACGGCAGCAAGAGAAGAAUGUACAUCCUGCUCUUCAUUGCUAUCAUGCAACCCAUCUUUAUUUACUGGUUAACUUACCAUCUUACAGGCCAGAUAGUCGUCAAGGGCAAGUAAAAAAAAAGGCUUUUGGGGCAAUGGGCAGGUACAGAAACAAGCUUAAUGGGAAAUGGGCAAGUUAAGAUACAGGUUUUGUUGGCAACGGGCUAGUAAAGAAACAAGCUUUGUGGGCAAUGGGCAAGUUAAGAUAAAAGUUUUGUUGGCAAGAGGCAAGUAAAGAAACAAGCUUUACGGGACAGGGGCAAGUAAGCGAAUAAUCUUUGCAGUCAACAUGUCAUUCAAAGAUUACUUGAUUCAUAAUUUUCAUAUUGUUUGGACCUACUAUAGCUAAUUGGGUUUGUUCUCAUGUGAAUUAAAGUGAGGUUUGAUAGCAUUGUAUAUUCUGAACUUGUAUUUAAUAAUCAGUAAUGAAAGGGGUAAAGAUCCUUUCAAAUAUUCAUAUAUAACUGUCAAAUUUUGUUUUCAGUUGGAUAUUUAUUCAGUGUAUCUUUACAUACAGUGGCAUCUCAACACUUUUGCAAACUUAUCACUAGUUUUUACAUGGAAAUAUUUAUGGUAAAUAAAUGUAUUUGUGUACAAAAUGAAACAAUAAUGAAUGCUUUUGUGACAUAGUUUAUGAUUUUUUCUCUGCUUUUGCUGAGGAAAGUGUCAAGUGUGUCAGGAAACUUGUGCAAAAGCCAAGAACCCCUGUUAUUUGUGAAAACUUAUGACCUUGAAAAAUAGAAUUUAUACUAUUGUUAUACAAGGUUGUUGACCACUAUUCAUUUGUUGAACUAACUACCGAUUGAAUAAAAAAAACUUGACACCUCAAAAACUCCCAAAUUAAGGAAAAAAUAUGUAAUGAAUACAUAAUUAUUAUAAUUAGCGGGAAUAAUUGUCUUCUGCCAAAUAAUUUAUUACCAUAUUUAUGUGGUAUGUCUCCAUGCUUGGAUAAUCAGUAGGUGUUCUUUGCAGUGCUUUAAAUUUUGAUUUGCGCCAAAGUAAGGUAUGACUGCAAUUAAUGAGUCCAGAUGUCAAUGUCAUAAUCCUACAUGAGUUAGUAAACAUCUGCAUAUCCCUUUACCAUGAAAUUAACUUGAAAAUCCAUACAAAAAAGAAGUGUUCAUUAAACAAUAAAAUUUAAAUUAUUUAAAAGGUGUUUUGAAAUGGAUUUUAAUGCAACCCUUGUAGACACCAUUGACAUCUGGAUUCAUUCGUAGCAGUCAUGCCUUACUUUGGCGCAAAUAAAAAUUUACAUCGCUGCAAAGAAUACCUCCUGAUCAUCCAAGCGAUAACACAUACAUCAUAUAUAUGGUAUCAAAUUUUUUGGGAGAACAUACUCUUUUGGGCCAUAUAUAAUAAUUAUGUGUUUAUGACAUGUUUUUUUCCUUAAAUUGGGGAUAUGUGAGUCGUCAAGUUUUUGACUCGCAUGGUAUAUGAAAAUGUUUGAUAGGUUUUUAGAUAUGAAUUGAAAUGAUUGUUUCAAAAUGCAAGGAUCCCAAAAUGCUGUAAUGUGUGAACUUUGAUUCACCUUCUUGCCCUCCCUCCACAUUUGUCUAGUAUUAACUUUUUGAUGUUUAUUUUGAAAAUGUGCUGAAUUCCAUAUAGUUUUAUGAAUGCAUUGCUGUAAUGAAUAUAUGUAUAUGUAACCUAAAAAAAUGUUCCUUUCUCUUUUUUCUUUGUUUCAAUAAGGGAAAUUCAAGGAUGGGUAAAAAGUGAAGAAGAAAAAAAUAAAAAUUAUUCCACAAGUUUCACAAGAAGCCAGUUCACGGUUAGCUCAUGAUCAACCUUUCUCAAAUGAUCUUGCGAUUUUUCAUUAGGAUGACAUUUUUCAUUUUCAAAUGGAGAUGUCGCAUAAGCUUGGCAUUGUAUAGACUAGGCAACUAGAAUAGUACAUCAGGGGUAAAGUUUGGAAAUCUGUUUUAUUGUCUGCCUUUGGCACAUUUGACUAUUAUUUAGGCUACUGUCAAGUUAUGAAGGCUUUCAGCUUGGAUGUGAUGAAAAGAAUAGUUUGAAAGGAAUACAUGAGUAAUCAUCAAAUCUCAAAUGCCUAUGUCAGUAAAUUUGAAAGCCACCUUCAUGGUUUAUCUCAAAUGACCCUUUUCUGCUCGUGCGCAGUUUACAAUCAUGAACAGGCUUAUAAAGACUUGCAGUAAUGUGUAUGAUGGGAUAAUUGAGAGCACACUCUGACCAAGUCAAUGCUGGUAACAAGGAGUUAUUUCACCAGAAAAAUAUGACCUUCCUCACGUUAUUAAAUAGAAAGUGGUUGGUAUUCAUUCAACUUUUUUCUACCCUUGAUGGAAGAUCUGUGUAACUGGUGUAUGGUACACUACAUGUAUACCUGCAUCAAGCAAAGAUUUGAAUUUUAAAUGCAUUGAUAAACUACAUGUAGUUAACAUGUUUUGGUUUAUAGUGCCAAGAUCAUUCAAUACUUUGAUUAUAAGAACAUUUGUUUCAAUAUUGAACCUCACCUUACCUUCAUUCUGAUGCGUGCAAGCUUUUCUCUUUUAUUCCACCACUCACAACUAAUUAUGCUCAAUGAUGUGUCAGAUCCCAUACUUUAAGAGCAUUUUGUUAAGAAAACAAGUAAUAAUUUGAUAUCAAUUUUGUAUCCACCUGUAACAACAUAAAAGUUAGAAGAAACUAAACAUGUGGAAGAACAUUGUCUUUAUAAUCAACACUUGUAAUAAUAGGAUUAUUAAGACUUUAGAUUGGAGACAUAAUUUUUUUUUCAUAACCUACUUUGGAUAAACCAAUGUCUGUCAUUUGGAAUAUAGACAAGUUUCCUUUGAUAUUUGUUCAAUUCAUCUGAUUUAUUUUUUCCAUUCUAUAUAAUUUUAUUUUCUGAUUCAAAUGAAUCUGUAUUUUCAUAUUGGCAUGUUAUAAUUUCCUUUUACUUUGACUAGUAACAUAUUUUUGAAUUUUUCAAAUUCUUGUCCAUACAAGUGGAAUAUAACACAUUCCCCAAAAUAUGUUCCUCUGUGUGUAUAAUUAUUUACUCUUAUGUACUAGACUUUGGUUUUCGUCAUUUCCUCUUUUCAUGACAGGUCUAAUUCUGUAAGAUAAUGGGAUACAUGUACAUACAUGUAUAGAAAUGCUUAAAGGGGGAGCAAACUGACCAAAACUGUGUGUUAUAAAUGGCUUGUCUUAACUUUUCAGAUAACCAUGGGUAAUACAGAGGAUAAAUUAGCCUAUAAUCUUGUUCAUGUAUAGAAACAAACGCUUUCGAGAGGAAAAGUGUUUGUUCUGCUUAUUGGUAACAUGAUUGUAACGCGGUCGAUGUAAAUGUAUUGAGUAAUGAUUUAGUGUGUUAUCUUUCUCAUGGUCCUAUAUUAGAAGACUACACUGCACAUAAUGUUGCAUUGUGGGUAUUGAACCUGGCCUGAUAUGAAUAGUUGAGGACUUGAGGUGGGGCUGUUACGGCUGCUAGUCCGUAUGCCUUUUACAAGAUAUUAUAGCAUGAUCUAUGCUGCUGCAUUUAUUUGAUAUCUGAAAGUGUGUAAGGACUAAAUGCCACAGCAUGACUUGGCGUACAGUAACUAACGUUAUUCUGAAAGGGCAUUUCUGGUUGAACUUAAAAUCUUGCUGGUUGUAUACACGUGUGUGUAGUUGUUGUUCUUGUAAGAGCAAAAUGUAUUUUUUAAAAUGUGUCAAGUACUCAUUUCCGAUUAUUUGCGAAAUGUAGGACUAGGUAUACAUAGUUAAAAAUAGAAGACAUGUGAGUACAGGGGAGCAUUUCAUGAAAGGAAUUGUUUGACGUUUUAUCAGACAAGUGCUGUUUUAUGCGAUAGUUGUCAUAUUGACAGUGCUUCUCAGUCAAUCAAAUUCAAGGAAAAUUUCAGAUCUGACCAUUUUUUUUUGUGAAAAAAAAAAAUAUUGAUGAAAUGCUUCCCAGAACAGUCGCCAGUGAAAAUGGUAAAUGGUGAUUUUUUUUAUCUGAUUGCUAAGAAAGCAUGAAUGCUUGUAAGCAAAUAACCAGAUGACCGACAGCUUAAGGUCAUCUCCGAGGGACCUUGUAAUGCAGGAAGUUUGAAUUGAACCUGGGUCACUGGAAUCUGAAACCCUUGCUCUGCUGACUGAGCUAUCGCACCUGACUAAUUGUUUCAUGAGAUGCUCACCUUGACACCCCCCUUGGGUUUCAUAUAUAACAAUCCUGUUGAUAUCAAUCAAAGAGUUACUAAUUCUAUUCAAUCAGUGGUCUAACUAUUGUGAUGAAUACCUUUUGGGGUGUUUGAAUUGUAAACAAGUGCCAGGUUUUUUUAUUGUCUACACAUAGAGACAUUGAGACCAAAAGAUGGCAGUGCACUAUGAGAUUCAAGUUCUAUUCAACAAGAACACAUCCAUGUAAAGACAUUUCUGGCUUGCAUGCAGGAAAUGAAAUCACCUGUUUGAUCUGGAAAAAAAAAUGGUCAAGCGGAAAAGAUUGGAAUCUUAUAAGUCAUUUAAUGGAAAAUCUGUUACAGGCUUUUCACAUCCAUGAAAAGACAUUACUAGUGUCAUUUUGUUGAUAACUCUUAGUACUUUUUAUUGAACAUCUUAAUCUUUCAAACAGAAUUAUGAUACAUUCAAGUGUAAAGAAAGAGAUUAAAAUAAAAUGUUUCACAUUUCACUGUAAAUUUGAGAUAUGUGCUCUUCUAGUCAGAUAUAUUUUGUUAAAUGUGUCAAUUGAUGGUUAGUACAUAAGUUAGAAUUUAAAUUAAAAUGUAAAUUCCUACUAAUGUUUCUUGCAUACAUUAUGGAAUGUCCAAAUAUGGCACCGAUAGUUGUGCAAACACUAGAGUAAUAAAACUAUGGACAGAAGUCCAUUCUGUUUUUGUUAAA